UGAUCUUCAGUAUACAAUUAAACGCAAAAAGAAUAACAUGACGCGCAUAGUAGCUCUGAUUGUCUUAGCCCAGUUCUUGUGUGUGAGAUCGAACUUAGUGUCGUCGACAAAGAAAGUAGUUGAGACUUCGACUGUACCGAAUAAUGGAUUUUCUACGGAUGAGAUUGUCGAAAAGACGAAAAUUGUGUUCAACACCAGUGACAGUAACGUGUACCUGGAGGAUGUGCUGUACGCUAUCAGGAGUCAGGAGUGGAGUGAGGAUGAGAUGCCGUGUCUGAACCGGACGCUGGUGCUACUGAAAAACCUGCAGAAUUUCACGCUGUGGUCUGUUUGGCAAUGGGAUUCAAUGUCCUCGCAGCCGCUUGGUCUUCUAUACGGGAGUCAGUACCACCUGGGCAACUAUGAUGAAUGCCUCAAUACUCCAUGGCGGGAGAGUUACCCGGAACUACAAUCCAAGUACUGCCUGGCCGAUAUCGUGCUGCAGAGAACUGACCGCCACGUGAAGAGGCCGCGAUGGAACAGAAAUGAUCCUUAUCAGUCCACCCUGCAGUUGAUAGAGACGAAAUCAGUGUUCGGUCGCGAGAUCAAGAAGCUGACAUGGGGUAUAUGUGUGCCGGCGGAGUGUCAGUCGCAGUCCGUGGGGAAGCUGGCGACGGUGCUGCUGGCGCACACGCACCUCAGCAUGGCCGGCCUCAGCGCGCGCAUCGCCGUCGACGACACCUGCCAGGAUGUUUACAUGGAUAAAAGAUACGACGCUCUCUUCUAUACAUUCAUUGGGCUAAUUCUAUUUUUAAUGACCAUUGCCAUCAUUUGCACGCUUUUCAACGAUAAAACAAAUGAAUAUGAAGGCGUAGGCAGCGGUGUGAUCAAGGCGUUCGACAUCCGCAGCAACCUGAGCAGCAUGAUGAAGUCGAGCGACGAGCUGCACGUGCUGUACGGCAUCAAGUUCAUGUCAAUGUGCGUCGUGGUCAUUGGCCACCAGAUCGGCAUGUUCAACAGCGGGCCCAUCAGCAACGGCGUCAACAUGGACGAGGAUUCGACGUCCUUCCUCGGGCUCCUGUUUCUUCACGAUGACAGUGUGGUCGAUUCGUUCUUCAUGCUCUCAGGCUUCCUUACAGCAACCGCUAUCACGAAGAUGAAGAACCUGCCAAACCCACUUGUCAUGAUAUUCAAGAGAUACAUGAGGCUAGUUAUACCCUACGCCCUGAUGAUAUUCUACGUGGUGGCGAUAUUUCCCUACACCGGUACAGGACCGCUAUGGAACCGCGCGGUCGCGGGCGAGACCGCGCAGUGCAAACAGAAUUGGUGGCUCAACCUGCUGAUGGUCAGCAACUAUGUGGACACUGAGAACGUUUGCAUUAUAAUCAGCUGGUAUAUACCCAGUGACUUCCACUUCUUCGUGUUCUCUCUGUUCCUGUGGGAGCUAUACCGCCGGAGCCCAGCGCUGGGCAAAGUCUUGGUGGGAGUCAUCACUGUAGUGUCUGUAAUACUGCCCGGAGUAUCAACUUAUAUGAACGACUUCCCGCCCAUACACGCGUUUAAUUUUGAGUUCAUCUCGAACCCUCGCGGAUCCAAGCAGUUCAAUGAGUUGUACAUCAAGAGUCACAUGCGGUACUCGGCGUAUGUCAUCGGCUUCGUCGCCGGCUACGUCUACGUGCGACCCGCCCUUAUUGAUCACUUGAAGAGACUGUCGCAGACUUGGCUAACAACGAUCGCGUACAUCAGCACUGUAAGCAUAUUUGCGUGCAUGUACCUGGGCAGUGUCCUGUACUGGCGCGACAACGCCGCCGUCGUGAACGCCAUGUACGCCGCCCUCAACCGCCCACUGUGGGCGCUGGGACUGGCUAUCAUCGUGCUGUGCUGUUCAGUCGGCCAUAUUCCGUACAUAAAGGCGAUACUGAGCUGGUACCCGUGGGUGCCGCUGAGCCGGCUGAGCUACGGCGUCUACCUCAUACACUCCAUGCUCAUCACACGCAACGUCUUUAUCACCAGGAACCUUCAGUUCCACGACGUCGUUCUACUGGCUACAUCCUGCGCCGGCAUUGUGUUCUGGAGCCACCUGGCGGCGCUGCUCAUGUGGCUGGUCGCGGAGGCGCCCAUCAACAACCUCGUAACGCUGAUGUUGAAACAAGGACCCAAAAAAACCAAAAGGACAGCAGAACACACAGAAGAGAAGACACAGGACAAUCGCGCAUAUUUGGAGGACAACUUGCCGCCGACGAUACCUACCAUACAAGUUAUAUCCUCCAAGUGCUCCACAGUCACUAGCUGGAAGUGCAACAUGACGGGAAUAAUAACUUUAGUUGUCUUAAUCAAGAUCUUAAGUGCUGCGGCUAACCAAGUAUCGUCUACAAAAAAGAUACAAGCCAAUAAUGACUUUUCUAUGGACGCAGUCAUUGAAAAGCCUAUAGCUGAGUUUACCACCACUCAGCAUAAAGUGUACCUAGAAAAUGUUAUUUAUACACUGAAAAGUCAAAACUGGACUGACGAAGAGAUCCCAUGUUUGAACAGAACACUGGUGCUUCUGAGAAAUCUACAAAAUUUUACGUUAUGGUCUGUUUGGGAAUGGGAUUCCAUGACAUCGGCGCCGCUUGGUGUGUUAUACGGGAGUCAGUACCACCUGGGUAACUACGACGAGUGUACGAACAUGCCCUGGCGGGACACCCAUCCGCACCUGCGCUCUAAGUACUGCCUGGCUGACAUCGAGAUGCGGAGAGCUGACGGACAGAGGAAUACGACGUGGAACAAACAUGACCCUUACCAGUCAGCUCUGCAGUUGAUAGAGACGAAAUCGAUGUUCGGUCGCGAGAUCAAGAAGCUGACAUGGGGUAUAUGUGUGCCGGCGGAGUGUCAGCCGCAGCCCGUGGGGAAGCUGGUGACGAUGCUGCUGGCACACACGCACCUUAGCAUGGCCGGCCUUAGCGCGCGCAUCGCCGUCGACGACACCUGCCAGGACGACUACCAGUACAAACGUUACGAUGUCCUUUUCCAGGGAUUUAUGGUUAUUAUCGUUGUCCUAGUAACUUGUGGCAUAGUUUGUACUAUUUUGAACGACAGAACAAAUAAACAAAAGGGCAUAGGUCGCGGUAUAAUGAAGGCCUUCGACAUCCGCAUCAACAUGAGUCGCUUGAUGAAGUCCAGCGGCGAGCUGCACGUGCUGUACGGCGUGAGGGUCCUCUCCAUGUUCGUGGUGGUCAUCGGCCACCAGAUCGCCCUGUUUAAUGGCGGACCCGUGAGCAAUGGCAUCGACGUUGAUAAGGAUUCUAUGUCUGUCCUUGGCAAUCUGAUACUUCACGACGACGUCGUGGUGGACUCCUUCUACAUGCUCUCAGGGUUCCUGACAGCUGCAACUAUCACGAAGAUGAAGAAUCUACCAAAUCCGUUCAUCAUCAUAUUCAAGAGGUGGACAAGGUUAGUAGUACCAUACGCCCUGGUGAUAUUCUGGUUAGUGGCGGUGUUCCCCUACACCGGGACCGGCCCCCUGUGGAACAGAGCUGUCGAGGCCGAGGCCGGCUCCUGUCGACAGAACUGGUGGCUCAACCUGCUGAUGGUCAGCAACUAUGUCGACCCUGAACACGCCUGCAUAGUAGUUAGCUGGUAUAUACCCAGCGACUUCCACUUCUUCGUGUUCUCUCUGUUCCUGUGGGAGCUAUACCGCCGGAGCCCAGCGCUGGGCAAAGUGCUAUUGUCAGCCAUCUUUAUACUAUCUGUAAUACUGCCCGGAGUAUACACCUACGUGAAACGGUACCCGCCUAUACACGCAUUCAACAUUGAAUUUGUUGCUAAUCCACGUGGUGGGAAGCAGUUCAACGAGCUGUACAUCAAGAGUCACAUGCGGUACUCGACGUACGUCAUCGGCUUCGUCGCCGGCUACGUCUACGUGCGACCCGCCCUCAUUGAUCACCUGAAGAGACUGUCGCAGACCUGGCUGACCGCAAUCGCGUACGCCAGCUGUGUGGGCAUAUUCGCGUGCAUGUACCUGGGCAGUGUCCUGUACUGGCACGACAACGACGCCGUCGUGAGCGCCGUGUACGCCGCCCUCAACCGCCCACUGUGGGCGCUGGGACUGGCCAUCAUCGUGCUGUGCUGCUCAGUCGGCGAUGUCCCGUUUAUAAAAGCUAUCUUGAGCUGGUACCCGUGGGUGCCGCUGAGCCGGCUGAGCUACGGCGUCUACCUCAUACACUCCAUGCUCAUCAUACGCAACAUCUUCAUCACCAGGAAUCUGCAACACAACGACUUUUUUCAGCUGAGUACGGCGUGCGCUGGCAUCGUGUUCUGGAGCCACCUGGCGGCGCUGUUCAUGUGGGUGGUCGCAGAGGCGCCCAUCAACAACCUCGUAACGCUGAUGUUGAAACAGGGAUACAAACGAAGCAAUGGGACAAAAGAAAACACAGAAGAGAAGCCUCGCCCGCCCCGCGCACACGACAAUCGCGCAUAUUUGGAGGACAACUUGCCGCCGACGAUACCGACCAUACAAGUUAUAUCCUCCAAGAGUUAGGGAUUAGAGGAAUGUUAUUCUUACUUAUAGACAGUGACGGAUUAGCCCUUAU